AUGAAAGAAGAAGACAGAGAGAAGACAAGAAAUCACAAGGAAAAAUGGAAUAAUUUAGGACUAAGAACUGGGCUGUCAGUUAUUUUAAUAGGUGGUUUUGCAGUUCUUGUGAAAAUGGGAAGAUCCUUCCUUAUUGGAUUCAUUAUUCUUCUGAGUGGGAUAGUGUUUUAUGAAGUUUUAAGGGUUUUUAUGCAAAUUAGGAGUAUAUGGAGUAUUAAGAGGAUAUUUUCAACAGGUAGUGAGGAGACAAAGAAAGGAGGCAAUCUACCAAUUGGUUUCUUUUGGGGUUGCUUUUUUUUGAUUUCUUUAAUGAAUUACAGCAAGGUUUUAUUUCCAGGAAGGUACAGGGUGGUUUACCACGUGAUGAUGUGGCUGCAAUUUGCAUGGAUAUUGUGGUUUGUGCAUUUAUUAAGGGGUGGUUCUUAUCGGAUGAAAAUAUUUCACCUGUCAAUGGUGCUAAUGACAAUUUUAGGCUUAAUGAAAUGCACAGAAGCAGCAAUUAAUAACGUAAACAGAGGCAUCAGGUGGUUUGUCUAUCCGUGCCUGCUUGUUGCCAUAAAUGACACAUUUGCGUACCUUGUGGGAAAGCACCUUGGGCAAACACCGUUGACAAAACUAAGCCCAAAAAAGACGGUUGAAGGCUUCCUAGGGGGAGGCAUUGCUACUGUACUUUUGGCUAUUCCAACGGCAAGAAUGGUUCAGCUAGGGAUGUGCUAUAAAAGAAGGAUGGAGCCAUUUGAUGCGCUGUCACUGGCUGUUUUGGCUUCUGUUAUAGCGCCAAUUGGAGGGAUACUCGCAAGUGGAUACAAAAGAGCCUUUAAUGCAAAGCACUUCAGCCGGAUACUUCCUGGCCACGGGGGAAUAUCUGACAGAAUAGAUUGCCAAUUAAUUAUGCAGUUAGUAAGUAAUAUGUACCUGGCUGGAAUAUCAAGAAAACAAACACUGAAGGGUUUUGUUCAGGAAAUAAACAUAAAUCUAUCACAGAGUGAGAAAUUAGAGUUAGUUAAGCUAUUGGUCAUCUCAUACAGCAAGGAAUGA